CAUGUUUGUCCGUUUUAAUUAGUUAAAGUAUUUUGUUUAAGAUAAAAAAACACCAGAUAUAAAUAUAAAUAAAUGUUUAAGAGAGUGUUAUUUAUCUAAUUUUACACUUAACUUUUGCAUAUAAAUUUGAUACAUCAUGUAAACUGAGAAACAAAAAAAAAUUAAAACAUCAACUAAAAUGAAACAUAGAGAAUAUUAUAUAAUUAUGUAAUUUUGUUUGUCCGUUUUAAUUAGUUCAAGUAGUUUGUUUAAGAUAAAAAAAAUAUCAGAUAUAAAUAUAAAUACAUGUUUAAGAAAGUGUCAUUUAUCUAUUUUAUCUUCUAUUUUUCGACUUUGACUCACGAGGUAUUCACAACAAAUAUUAAUUAUGCUUAAAUCACGUAUUCUUUAAAUUUUUCAUAUAAUAUUUUUCAGUUGAGCUAACAAUAAUUACUGUUAAAGAAAUCAUUUAUCUAAAACGCAUCUAAAGAGAAAACUAUUGGAGAUGAUAUCGACCAUUUGCCAACCUUGAAAGCUCAUGUUGGUCUCUCUCGGCUAAAAACCCAUUUAACCAUUUUGGACUCAUAUAACCACCAGUUCAGUACAUAUUAAUAUUUAUUUGGUUUGAAUAGUUUAGUUAGAGAAUCUGAGUCGAGUAUAGAUUUUAUAAAAGCAAGUCGUGCUCAAAAACUAUAAUAAGCCAAAGCCAAAGUCAACCAGUUUUGGAGUUUUGUUGCAAGAACAGUCAUUGCUUUGUCAUCUCAUGUUCUAAAACAUUGGUUUCUUUUCUUUGAUCAACAAAACCCAUUUUGGAUUGUUUUUGUUUGAUUCAUUGAUAGAGCUCACACUGCAAAUAACAGAGUAAGUAGCAAAUUCAUCUUGAGAUACCAAUUUGAAUUUGAGUUUUGCUGGCCAUCCUCAUUAACAUACAAAUUGUGAAUAAAAGAAAAAAAAAGAUUCAAUGCAUCAAAAUAAUCAAAUAGGAAAAAAAAAAAAACUUAAUUUAUUUCUUGAAAAGUGUCUAAAUUUAAGAUAUAGGGUUUUUUUCCUAGUAUGGGUAAAAGCUGGCUACAGCUCAAUUUGUAUAUUAUUUAUUUUAUAAAUUUAGAAAGAAAGUACCACCAAAUUAAACACAUUCACAUGUUAUGAAAGAUUGGUAACCAUGAACAUGUUAAGGUAAUAAAUACGAAGAAGAAAAAAAACGAAGAAGUAUUAUCCCACAUGCGUUUAGUCAUUCUUUAACAACAAAUAGACAUAAAUAUAUUUAGACUGAAUCAGCAUGAUUACGUAUUUCAGUGACGCAAUAGAUGUCGUCGUCUUAGUCGCCAGUGCUACUGCACUUCUCUAUAAUAGUCAAACCCGUAUGAAGCAGAACAACACAUAGAGAAACACAACAACAAAAAAUGGUGAUUAGAGAAACAAAACCAGUGAUCUUUCUCUUUACUUUCCCUUUACAAGGUCACUUAAACCCAAACUUCCAGCUUGCCAACAUCCUCUGUAAAAGAGGCUUCUCCAUCACAGUGAUUCACACUGAGUUCAACGCUCCAAACGCUUCCAACUUCCCUCACUUCACUUUCGUGUCCAUUCCCGACGGUUUGUCUGAAUCUGAAGCCUCGAAUCCUGACGUCAUCGAGCUUCUCCAUGACCUCAAUUCCAAAUGUGUUGCUCCUUUUGGUGAUUGCUUGAAGAAGCUUUUGUCUCAAGAACCAACUGCUGCUUGUGUGAUUGUAGAUGCUCUUUGGUACUUCACUGAUGGUUUAACAGAGAAGUUUGGUAUCCCAAGGAUGGUUCUUCGGACGGUUAACCUCUCAGCUUUCGUUGCUUUCUCAAAGUUUCAUGUCUUACGAGAGAAAGGGUAUCUUUCUCUUCAAGAGUCUCAAGCCGACUUCCCAGUUCCAGAGCUUCCACAUCUUAGAAUGAAAGAUCUUCCCUGGUUCCAGACAGAUGAUCCAAGAUCAGGUGAUAAGUUAAAGAAAGGUGUGCUGAAGUCACUAAAGUCAUCAUCAGGAAUCAUAUUCAACGCCAUUGAAGAUCUUGAAGCAGAACAGCUAAAACAAUCCCUCAAAGAGUUCCCGGUUCCACACUUCUGUAUUGGACCCUUUCACAAGCACGUUUCACUUUCAUCAAGCAGCUUACUUACACAAGACAUGACCUGUCUCGCCUGGCUAGACAAGCAAGAACCUAACUCUGUGAUCUACGUAAGUCUCGGAAGCAUUGCUUCAAUAGAUGAAUCUGAGUUCUUGGAGAUUGCUUGGGGUCUAAGAAACAGCAACCAGCCUUUUCUAUGGGUGGUUAGACCCGGUUUGAUCCGCGGCACUGAAUGGAUUGAGAAUCUCCCUAAAGGGUUCAUCGAAAGCCUUGAAGGUAAGGGUAAGAUCGUCAAAUGGGCACCUCAGAUAGAGGUUUUAGCUCACCGUUCAACGGGUGGAUUCUUGACGCAUUGUGGAUGGAACUCGACGAUAGAGAGCAUAUGUGAAGGCGUACCAUUGAUAUGCAAGCCUUCUUUUGGGGACCAGAGGGUGAAUGCAAGGUACAUUAGUGAUGUUUGGAGGAUCGGUUUGCAUUUGGAGAACAAGAUAGAGAGAGUGGAGAUCGAGAGAGCGGUUAGAACACUGAUGAAGAGCUCAGAAAGAGAAGAGAUCCGUAAGAGGAUCAUGCCCAUGAAGGAAACUGCUGAGAAAUGCCUUGAGCCUGGAGGUUCAUCGUUUAGGAAUCUCAAAAAGUUGAUUGCUCAUAUAUUGUCCUUUUAAUGUCCACAUUCUGUUUGCUUUGUUUAAAUUUGUUCUAAACUCCAAAAAUAAAGGCACAUCUGAUUUGUUACAUAUCA